GGCGCGAAAUUAUGCAAUAAAAAAAUAAUAAUAAACAUUAAAUACACCGCACUUUCCAUACAUUUCACGAAGCAUCAAGUGUUACUAAGUCGACAACAAAGUAUAAAAUGAGAUGUUGAGUCUAGUGACCACAUAAAAAUAUGUAAAUCAAAGAUAGCUCUCAAAUAAUUUUAAAACGAACGUCGCUAGGGGUACAUACAAAAAACAAUUACUUUAACGAAAAAAUUUAUCACUUUUUGUUUUUAAUAUAUAAGUAGAAUUUAGUGAAAAGUAAAGUUAAAAAGUUGUAAGUAAUAUAGUAAGAUACAAUUUGGUAAUAUGAAUAUACCACAGGGAUUCAAUUUUCCAAUGGCUUCUCUGUAUGUUGGAGAUUUACAUCCAGAUGUGACAGAAGCUAUGUUAUACGAAAAAUUCACCACUGUCGGUCAGGUAUUAUCUUUGAGGCUGUGCAGAGACUCGAGAACGAAGCAAUCGCUUGGAUAUGGAUACGUUAAUUUCAAUCAAUUGGCAGAAGCUGAAAGAGCUUUGGAUACAAUGAAUUUCGAUUUACUGAAAGGAAAACCAAUAAGAAUAAUGUGGUGUCAAAGAGACCCUUCACUGAGAAAAUCUGGUAUAGGAAAUGUUUUCAUAAAAAAUCUGGAUAAAAACAUAGAUAACAAAGCCAUGUAUGACACAUUCUCGGCAUUUGGUAAUAUAUUAAGCUGUAAAGUGGCUCUGGAUGAGAAUGGAAUGUCGAAGGGCUAUGGGUUCGUUCAUUUCGAGAAUGAAGAAGCGGCCAACAAAGCCAUAGAAAAGACGAACGGAAUGCUUCUCAACGGAAAAAAGGUAUAUGCUGGAAAAUUUAUACCAAAGUUAGAGAGGGAAAAAUCGAUCGGAGAGAAAGCCAAGCUUUACUCCAACAUCUACAUCAAAAACUUUGGGAAUCACUUCACAGACGACCAACUAUACCAGACGUUCUCGAAAUACGGAAAAAUAACGAGUUCUGUCGUUAUGAAAAACCCGGAUGGCUCUUCCAAAGGAUUCGGUUUCGUCGCAUUCGAGGACCCAAAGGCCGCCGAACAGGCUGUCAAGGAAAUGAAUAAUCGCGAAGUGAACGGUUGCUGUCUGUACGUUGGACGGGCUCAGAAGAAAACCGAGCGGAUUAACGAGUUGAGGAAAGUUUACGAACAGGUUAAGCUGGAACGUUACGCCAGAUUUCAGAGUGUUAAUUUGUACGUUAAAAAUUUAGACGAUUCUUUCGAUAACGAUAAGUUGUGCAAGGAGUUUUCCCAGUUUGGUACCAUCAAAUCCGCUAAGGUUAUGUACGAGCAGGGGAGAAGCAAAGGUUUCGGUUUCGUUUGUUACACAUCCCCGGAGGAGGCGACCAAGGCUGUCACGGAGAUGAACGGUAGGAUGGUCGGAUCCAAGCCUUUGUACGUGGCUCUGGCGCAGAGGAAGGAGGAUAGAAGGGCCUUUUUGAACAACCAGUACAUGCAAAGGUUGAGGCAGCAAAGUAUCAACUUCCCAACAACUACGCCUCCGUUUGUGCUUCCAGCUGUUGCGUCUGGACCUAGAUUUUACGGUCACAUAAACCACAUAAGAGCCACUCCGCGUUGGCCGAAUGCUGCCCCAAUACGUCCAAACGGUACAUAUUUACAGAUGAUGUCGAAUCCUUCCUUUCGGUCGGCCACCAGACCCCUCCAACUGAACAACAUACGAAAUGCCAUCCACGCUAGGGCUAUAACAGGGCAGCAAACACCAACAGCUCGUCCUAACAGUAAAUACACCAGUAACACGCCGAGCAAUAUGGUGCGCUCUAUGACCAUGGGCCUUGGAAAUGGCGGAGACAAUCCCUUGGACGCCAACACCCUCAACGAGGCCAACCAAGACCAGAAGCAGGUGCUCGGGGAGCGUUUGUACCACGUGGUCGAGAAACUUCAUCCGGAAAUGGCCAGCAAGAUAACCGGGAUGCUGUUGGAGAUCGAUAACACGGAACUCAUUCGUAUGAUCGACGACCAGGACUCCCUGAAAGCGAAGGUGGAAGAAGCCAUAGCCGUCCUGCAAGCCCACAAAGCCAAGAAGGGACUAGUAGUUCAAGAUUAAUAUUUCGGGUUCAUUAUUAACGGUCAAACUUUGUUCUCCGCAUGUUUAAAUACCUAAGUUUUAUUGAUGUAACAAUUGACUUGGAAAGAAUUGUUUUAGUUAACACAAAUGCCAAAAAUAUUUAUACACUAACACGCAACAUCCAUGAUUCUUUCCAACUUGUUUUAGUUUCUGGUAAUUUUGAGAAAAUUCGUUUUAUUUGAAUAAAUUAUUACUCUGUU